AUGGCUUCCAACCCAGCAAAGCGUAAGCCUGUCCCGCCAGGAGCUCAUGGAGCUACCGGCGUCUCUCGCAAGCGCGCUAAAACAUUCGAUGCACGCUCCCUGGCUGUGCAGUCAACCGACGCUGCGCUCUCCGUGACGGGCGAGCUCGAUGUCGCCGCAUACGCAGCCGCUCGGGCAUUUGAGAUCCAGGCCCUGGAGGAUGGUAUGAAGCGGUCGAAAACCGCAUUGACAACUAGGGCGUUCCAAAAAGUUCCUCGUGCGUUGCGACGCCGCACCGCAAGUCACAACGUUAAACGGGUUCCGCGGAGGUUGCGGGCGCGGGCGAAACACGAGAUGAUUGAGGACAAUACUCCGACUGUCACCGCGCGACGACGCAAGCCCACCCAGAUCAUGCGCAUCCGUCUCGAAUCCGCUCGUCGUCUACAAAAUAUCAAUGCCAAGUUCAAGGUCCGACGUGCCGCCGCAAAAGUAAAGCGUGAUCAGGAAAAUGAGACCCGAUCGAAAGAGGAAGGGAGCCACUCCUUUAAUACAGCUCCUCGGGUACCAAAGAUCAAAAAGUACAAGCUCUCCAGGCCGCCGCCAGCAGAUGCUAAAUAUCGCAAGCGCCAAAAGUGCAAGACAUGGCUCCCUACACACAUGUUUCACGCAAAGCGUGCCCAUAUGGCUACAAGCAAGGACCCGAUCUGGCGGUUCGCAAUUCCCUUAUCGCCAACUGAAAAAAGCUACCGACCUACACAUAGAGCGCGAGGUGCUCGAGGUGCCGUGGCUUGGGAUAUGAGCUAUAUAUCGACUGUUCAACUUGAAGGAACAGAGUCGUGCAUUGAAGCUGUUUUGCGAGCUGUCGGUGUCGAUGGUAAUGAGGCGUGGGGAGCCAAGGGAAGGAAGUGGAGAGCUGGGACGAGGUCAUUCCAAGCCUGGACUUUCGAAAUGGACGAUCGUUCCAGGCCAAUUGCCCCUGUUACGCUUAUCUGGUGUGCGCCGGACAAGUCCAAAGAUGUGGAGAUGGCCGAUGCAGGUAAGGCCCAGUCAGCAUCGAAAACGCCACGGCGAAAGCUCUGGAUCCGGGUCCAUCCCUCCGCAUUUUUGCAACUAUGGCGGGGUUUGCUUGAGCUGUCGAAAAGACAGAACCCUCCUGUUAUGGUAGAAGACUUGCGAUUUGAGAUUGGCAGCGUGGAAAUUACCGGACCGGGCUCUAUGGAAGCACUGCUGGCUGCAUUGCAGCCUGCUAUGACACAGAGCGAUGCUCCAGUAGGACAGAGCCCAGAAGACAUUUGGUUUUCUCUUCUUGGAGUAUCAAAUCCGUCAUCACUACCGCAAAAUGCUCUCUUGGCCUUUAAUGUGUCCGAUCCUCGCCUUCAAUUCCCGCCACGCCCACUCAUGGUACCCAGCGAUGAAAAUUCCAUGAACGAGCUGGCAGUUUUGCUAUCAAAAUGGUCACCCGAUCAAACACAGGGCGAAUCUUUCCUUUUCGAUCGCCCCAGUCGCCUUGCAGCUUCUCGCCAACUUCCAAGCCAAAAGGCUAUCAACCGACGUCGGACCCUCGCUGGUCCAGGCGUUUAUCCUGCCAGACAGCCUAAUGACCCAAAAAUCCCGGUAAUGAUACUCACAACUCGACCGCAAGCCCGUUCAAAGAACACAACUCCAGGAUCCUGGACUGUGCUACUACCUUGGAAAUGCGUCGUCCCUGUUUGGUACUCGCUCAUGUACCAUCCUCUCUCGAGUGGAGGAAAUCCGCGCUUCGGUGGUCUGAAGGAACAUCAACAGCUUGCCUUUGAGGCUGGCGAGGGAUGGUUCCCUGGCGAUUUUCCAGGUACCCGAGCUGGAUGGGAAUGGACUCAGCGCGAGGCCGAGAAAUCCCGCCGCCACUGGGAACGUCGCCCCAAAGGGCGUCGAGCGGAAUUUGACACUCUCGUUCUUGGGGACGGUCGCCCCAAGGGAGAGAUUGGACAUGGAUGGGCCUGUGAUUGGGAGAGGCUUGUGAAAGGGCCGUCGAAUGAGGGUGCUGUGCACAGCACUGUUAAGAAGGUCGAUGAGCAAGAGGCCGGUCCUAUCGACCCACCAUCCAACAUUCACACUAUCCGAUAUACACCGGGUGACACGAAUAAAAUCCUUAACACCCUCAGCAAGACCAACAUUGAUUCCUCCUCUCUUGCCACUAUCCACCUCACACUUUCCAGCCGCGGCACACCCACACCUUGUGCCCGCAUCUAUCGUCUGCCCACUGAUCCCAUCCUACGGCGCAAGUGGCUCGACCUCGCAUCUGUGAGCCGCAAGUCCGGCGCGAACUUGACUUCACUUGAUGAUCCCACGCUUUCUGACGAGGAAGUACGCCGUCGUCUUGCCGAGUCGCUGAUCUCAACUUCUGCACAUGAAAACUCGACGGCUGGUCAUUUGGAAGUACCAUUAGAAGAAGAUCUCAUCGGUUUUGUGAGCACUGGUAAUUACAAUCUUUCAGAGGGCAAAGGCACUGGGAUUGGUUCAAUACAGCUGUCGAAGGUCUUGGUUCCUGACGCGAAGUUGUCUGAGCGGCGAAUGUGUAUUGUUAGAUCUGCGGGAGAGAAACUUGGACGACUGGGAACGUGGGAGCUUGUCUGA